AUGUCAGAUCCUCUCUUUGAUGUUUAUCAGAAUGUCGAAUCCGCAAAAGAGUUGUGGGAUGCGUUAGAAUCAAAGUACAUGGCUGAGGAUGCUUCUAGUAAGAAGUUCCUUGUUAGUAAUUUUAAUAAUUACAAGCUGUCUGAUUCUAGGUCAGUUAUGGAGCAAUACAAUGAAUUGCUUCGUAUACUAGGUCAAUUUGCACAACACAACAUGAAGAUGGACGAAUCCAUCUCAGUAUCGAAUAUCAUCGAUAAGUUACCACCUUCAUGGAAAGAUUUUAAACACAUAUUAAAACACAAAAAUGAAGAGUUGUCUCUUGUACAACUUGGCAGCCAUUUGCGCAUAGAGGAAUCUCUAAGGGCGCAAGAGGGAGAAAAACCCAAAAAUAAUGAGGCUGGUACUUCUUCCAUCAAUAUGAUGGAGGAAGGCCGGGAUGAUGAAGUGGUGUGGUGGAUUGACUCGGGUGCAACAACACAUGUUUGCAAGGAUCGUGAAUGGUUCACUACAUAUGAGCAAGUUCAAGAUGGAUCCAUACUUCAUAUGGGAAACGAGUCAACUGCCCUUAUCCUAGGUCGUGGAAAAGUGGUGUUAGAGUUUAGUUCUGGAAAAACCCUUGAUCUCAAGGAUUUCUAG